CGAGGGGAGCCCCCGCCCCCCUUCGCAGAAGCCUGCGGCUGGGGUUGCAGGAAGAACUGGAACUGGGCUGGCCGAAGUGGGAAGCGGCGCGUUAAAUCCGCCCCCUCUCCAUACCCUACUUUCAAGGGGUGGGCGGUAGAGGGGAGGUUGGGGUUGGAGCAGCGGCGAGGGGGCCCCUCCCUUGCACCUCCCCCCACCGGACUUGGUCGCGCCCGAAGUGUAACACUUUCUCUUUGUCGGAGGAGCUCCUCUGUUUCCUGUGCAGUAGCUCCCGUUGCGGCUGCACCCGUGGCAGCCCUGGCGGACGCAGGAGCGAUGGCAGCGACCGAUAUAGCUCGCCAGGUGGGUGAAGGUUGCCGAACUGUCCCCCUGGCUGGACAUGUGGGGUUUGACAGCUUGCCUGACCAGCUGGUGAAUAAGUCCGUCAGCCAGGGCUUCUGCUUCAACAUCCUGUGCGUGGGAGAGACAGGUUUGGGCAAGUCCACCCUCAUGGACACCCUGUUCAACACCAAGUUCGAAGGGGAGCCAGCCACCCACACACAGCCGGGCGUCCAGCUCCAGUCUAAUACCUAUGACCUCCAAGAGAGCAACGUGAGGCUAAAGCUCACGAUCGUUAGCACAGUUGGCUUUGGGGACCAGAUCAACAAAGAGGACAGCUACAAGCCCAUCGUGGAAUUCAUUGACGCACAAUUCGAGGCCUACCUGCAGGAAGAGCUGAAGAUCCGAAGAGUGCUGCACACCUACCAUGACUCCCGGAUCCAUGUCUGCUUGUAUUUCAUUGCCCCCACGGGUCAUUCCCUGAAGUCUCUGGACCUAGUGACUAUGAAGAAGCUGGACAGUAAGGUGAACAUCAUCCCCAUCAUUGCCAAAGCAGAUGCCAUUUCGAAGAGUGAGCUAACGAAGUUCAAAAUCAAAAUCACCAGCGAGCUUGUCAGCAACGGAGUCCAGAUCUAUCAGUUUCCUACAGAUGAUGAGUCAGUAGCAGAGAUCAAUGGAACCAUGAAUGCCCACCUGCCGUUUGCUGUCAUCGGCAGCACAGAAGAACUGAAGAUAGGCAACAAGAUGAUGAGGGCGCGGCAGUAUCCUUGGGGCACUGUGCAGGUUGAAAACGAGGCCCACUGCGACUUUGUGAAGCUGCGGGAGAUGCUGAUUCGGGUCAACAUGGAGGAUCUGCGGGAGCAGACCCACACCCGGCACUAUGAGCUGUAUCGCCGCUGUAAGCUGGAGGAGAUGGGCUUCAAGGACACCGACCCUGACAGCAAACCCUUCAGUUUACAGGAGACGUAUGAGGCCAAAAGAAAUGAGUUCCUAGGGGAACUCCAGAAAAAAGAAGAGGAGAUGAGACAGAUGUUCGUCCAGAGAGUCAAAGAGAAAGAAGCAGAGCUCAAAGAGGCAGAGAAAGAGCUGCACGAGAAGUUUGACCGUCUGAAGAAACUGCACCAGGACGAGAAGAAGAAACUGGAGGAUAAGAAGAAAUCCCUGGAUGAUGAAGUGAAUGCUUUCAAGCAAAGAAAGACAGCAGCCGAGCUGCUCCAGUCCCAGGGCUCCCAGGCUGGAGGCUCACAGACUCUGAAGAGAGACAAAGAGAAGAAAAAUUAACUCUGCUGUUUGCUGCAUGCUGCAUGAGACCCAGGGUCCUGUUUGGGCUUCCUGUAGACACCCUUUUCCUGCGCAACAGAGCUGGGCCUCCCUUUCUCUAACUUCCCCCUUAACAUGCCUGGGGGGCAUACAGUCCAACCCAGGCCCUCUCCUCUCUUCCUGCCAAGGUUUAUAGAAACCUGAGAAUCUGAGGGCGAUGUCUGGCCGCUGGUCAAGAAGCCAACAGUCAUGUGGCUCGCAGAUGCAUCCUGCAUCCCAGUCCCCCUCCCAGCACCCCCAGCCAUCCCCCCUGUCUUCCCCCACAUCUUUGCCAGAGGUGUGACAUGGUCAGGGGGCCCAUCUGCUACUCUUCCCCAGCAGCUCCCCUGUUCCAGUUCUGGUUGCUGGUAGUUUUCCCUGAGGUAUUUGCAUCCACCAUGGCUGGGUAAGCACCAAUAAGCACAGCUGCCCCCUUGGUCUCCUGUAUCCCAGUCACUAGUCUUCCCUGGCCCACCCCACCCUCAUCCUCAGGAGCCGCAGCCGCUUCUUAGAGAGUUUCAAAAGGAGAGCCUUUGGCGCCUUUUCCGUCUAACCUUUGAGUCCAGCCCUUUCCAGUUUUCCUUCACUCGAAGUAACUGCACUCAAGCUGUGCUCAAAAUCUGUAAACGCAUUUAUUUACACCAAGCCCUUCCCAUAAAACACAACUGCCGGAGAAAAUAGCAGACGUUUCCCCUCUCUCUAACUCUGGGUAUCCCACAGAUGCAAAAGGGAGAAUAAACCUACAUAUUAUUACCAGCCUAGAGUCUUGAAUGAUAGCCUUACUGAGUUCUUCUUGUGAGGUAUUUCAGCAUCUCAGGGGUAAUUUCCGGAAGGGCUCCACACUGUCCCAAUAGGGUGAGGCCAGUAGCAGGAAUAAUAAAUCCCACUUUGUAGACUGGAAAACUGAGCUGUCAAAAGAAUCAAGUGUUUGGGGGUUUGCUCUGAUGAGUCUUGUAGUUCAUUUGGUGAACGUCAUGAUGAUUUUUAACAUGCAUUUUGCAUGCAUCCCUCAAUAAGAAGAGAUGAGACUAUCGGCUGGAGAGAAGAAAAGAGGUGUUACACCUUGGAAGGCCCUUAACUUGCUUUCCAAUUUAAGGAGUUGAGAGUUUAAAAAUAUUCCAGCCCUAGUUUUUAUCAUGGGUCCCAUCUGAUAGUGGCUUUGGGAACCUCUGUGAAGUAGAGAGCCCUCCCUUGUUAGGGUUAUGAGGCACAGUGGCCUUUGGUGUUUGGCCAGUGACAGUGUGAGAGAGGGAGUUGACCUGGCAAUGAUCUGUGGCUAACGUGCCGUCUCUCUGCCCUUCCUUUGCAGUAAUCCAUGGCUGUGUACUGAAUAGUAUUCCCCGCUACAGCUGGACUGGACUCCAUUUAGCCUUUUAAGCCGAGGUUUCUAUUUUAACUGACAGCUUUCCUUUGGGGUGCCAGGCAGCCAGGCCCCCCACCCCUACCCUGCCAUGUACUUCAAGCUCACUUCUUUUUGAGUUCCGCAACUUGCUCCUGCCUCCCAGCCCCACUGGCACUGACCAUGACCACCUUCUAUUUUUUUUUUUUUUUUUUUAGAGUUUCUUUUUUUGAUCACUUACUUUCAAAGCACACAGUCAAACAAGGUUAUGCCAAAUUUCCAGGCCUUUUUGAAGUAUUGAGAAGGGGAAGGGGAUUUCUCGCUUCGAUUAUAGAUCAUAGUAGGAAGCAAAAA